AGAGGGGGAGCGAGAGAGGAGAGAGAGAGAGAGAGAGACUCCAGCAAUCCAGCCGAGGAGCACGCGCUACAGAAGACACGAAGACGGGCGACAUGUCUCAAGCACUCAGGUGCGCGCGGAUGUGCCCCACGUGUCGUGCUCUCGCAUCACGGUCGCUGGGAUAAAUGUGGACGUACUGACGGGCAGGACAUAGAAUGCCCGCACACCCGGCACGGCUCACGCGACGUGGCGCAACAUGGCACGCGUAAAGAUGGGUCUCGUCGCCCUCCUGUGUCUCCCCGCGCUGCUCCUGCGCGCCCCGGUGCUCUCGCACUUCCUCAGCCCCCACGAGCGCUCGGCGGUGCCGCGCGCCGUGUCCCGUUCCGUGGCCCGCAUGGACGGCGACGUGAUCAUCGGCGCGCUCUUCUCCGUCCACCACCAGCCGUCCGCGGAGAAAGUGGCCGAGCGGAAGUGCGGCGACGUCCGCGAGCAGUACGGCAUCCAGCGCGUGGAGGCGAUGUUCCACACGCUGGACCGCAUCAACGCCGACCCGAAUCUGCUCCCAAACAUCAGCCUGGGGUGUGAGAUCCGGGACUCGUGCUGGCACUCGUCUGUAGCCCUGGAGCAGAGCAUCGAGUUCAUCCGGGACUCCCUGAUCUCCAUUAGGGACGAUAAGGACGGCUCUAAAUGGUGCAUCGAUGGGACUCCAUCCAACCAACCUCCACCCACCAAGAAGCCCAUCGCGGGCGUGAUCGGGCCUGGCUCCAGCUCUGUGGCCAUUCAGGUCCAGAACCUGCUCCAGCUCUUCAACAUCCCGCAGAUCGCGUACUCCGCCACCAGCAUCGACCUGAGCGACAAAACGCUGUUCAAGUACUUCCUGCGGGUCGUGCCCUCGGACACGCUGCAGGCUCGAGCCAUGCUGGACAUCGUCAAGCGCUACAACUGGACCUAUGUGUCUGCAGUGCACACCGAGGGGAACUACGGGGAGAGCGGCAUGGAGGCCUUCAAGGAGCUGGCCUCGCAGGAGGGCCUGUGCAUCGCCCACUCGGACAAGAUCUACAGCAACGCCGGCGAGAAGCACUUCGACCGCCUGCUGCGGAAGCUGCGCGAGCGCCUGCCCAAGGCCCGCGUGGUGGUGUGCUUCUGCGAGGGCAUGACGGUGCGCGGCCUCCUCAUGGCCAUGCGGCGCCUCGGCGUCUUCGGCGACUUCCUCCUCGUCGGCAGCGAUGGAUGGGCAGAUCGCUACGAGGUCGUGGAGGGCUACGAGCAGGAAGCGGAGGGAGGCAUCACCAUGAAACUGCAGUCGGAGGUGGUCAAGUCUUUCGACGACUACUACCUGAGGCUGCGCCUGGACACCAACAGCAGGAACCCCUGGUUCGCCGAGUUCUGGCAGUACCGCUUCCAGUGCCGCUUGCCGGGCCAUCCUCAGGAGAACAAGAACUACAAGAGAGUCUGCUCUGGCAGCGAAAGUCUGCAAGAAAACUAUGUCCAGGAUAGUAAGAUGGGCUUUGUCAUCAAUGCCAUCUAUGCCAUGGCUCACGGCCUCCAUGAUAUGCACCAGGAGCUGUGCCCCAGGCAGACGGGCCUGUGUGAGGCCAUGGACCCCAUUGACGGCAGCAAGCUGCUGGACUACCUUCUGAAGACGUCCUUCAGAGGAGUCUCCGGAGAGGAGAUUUAUUUUGAUGAAAAUGGAGACACUCCAGGAAGGUACGAUAUCAUGAAUCUGCAGAGCGUGGGCGACGGCCGCUACGAUUACAUCAACGUGGGCUCGUGGCACGAGGGCGUCCUGAGCAUGGACGACAGCAAGCUGUGGAUGAACAGCAGCGACGCGGUGCGCUCGGUGUGCAGCGAGCCCUGCUCCAAGGGGCAGAUCAAGGUGAUCAGGAAGGGCGAGGUGAGCUGCUGCUGGAUCUGCACCACGUGCAAGGACAACGAGAUCGUCCAGGACGAGUUCACCUGCAAGGCGUGCGAGCUGGGCUGGUGGCCCGACGACGACCUGGCAGGCUGUCAACCGCUGCCUCUGAAGUACCUGGACUGGGCCGACGUGGAGUCCAUCGUGGCGGUGGUCUUCUCGUGCGUGGGCAUCCUCAUCACCUCCUUCGUCACCUUCGUGUUCAUCCAGUACCGCGACACGCCCGUGGUGAAGUCCUCCAGCCGCGAGCUCUGCUACAUCAUCCUGGCGGGCAUCUUCCUGGGCUACAUUUGCCCGUUCACGCUCAUCGCUCGCCCCACGGUGGCCUCCUGCUACCUGCAGCGGCUCCUGGUGGGCCUCUCGUCCGCCAUGUGCUACUCCGCCCUGGUGACCAAGACCAACCGCAUCGCCCGCAUCCUGGCGGGCAGCAAGAAGAAGAUCUGCACCCGGAAGCCCCGCUUCAUGAGCGCCUGGGCCCAGGUGAUCAUAGCCUUCAUGCUGAUCAGCGUGCAGCUGACUCUGGAGGUCACGCUCAUCAUCCUGGAGCCUCCUGAGCCCGUGAAGUCCUACCCGAGCAUACGGGAGGUCUAUCUCAUCUGCAAUACCAGCAACUUAGGCAUGGUGGCGCCGCUGGGCUACAACGGCCUGCUAAUCAUGAGCUGCACCUACUACGCCUUCAAGACCCGGAACGUCCCGGCCAACUUCAACGAGGCCAAGUACAUCGCCUUCACCAUGUACACCACCUGCAUCAUCUGGCUGGCCUUCGUGCCCAUCUACUUCGGCUCCAACUACAAGAUCAUCACCACGUCCUUCUCGGUGAGCCUGAGCGUCACCGUGGCGCUGGGCUGCAUGUUCACGCCCAAGAUGUACAUCAUCAUCGCCAAGCCGGAGCGCAACGUGCGCAGCGCCUUCACCACGUCCGACGUGGUGCGGAUGCACGUGGGCGACGGCAAGGCGGCGGCCCAGUGCGGCAGCAACAGCUUCCUCAACAUGUUCCGGCGGAAGAAGCCCGGACCCGGCAAUGCAAAUUCUAAUGGCAAGUCUGUGUCAUGGUCUGAAUCAGGUGCAAGACACCCUCCGAGGGGGGGGAAUGUGUGGCACAGACUGUCUGUGCAUGUGAGGAAACAGGAAGCCGGCUUGAAUCAGACGGCAGUCAUCAGGCCCCUAACUAACACCCCCGACCCCCACAGCUGUGAGCCCUCCGCCCGUGACCUUGGCACAGACCCCCGCCCCUCCCAAGACCCGCCUAGCACCAAGCCUUUAUACAACCUGGCGGAGGAGGACGAUGAGGACGCGCAGCGCCCACUCUGGACUCCGGCCCGCUCCGGGCGGGGGCGCGGGUCCGAUUUGGACGCGCCGGCUUCUCAUUUGCCCCCUCGCUCGCAGGGCUGCGGCGCGGAGAGUCCGCAGGGGGCCGCGGUGGUGGACACGCACAGCUCCCACGCCCCCGCGCUCAGAGACCGCGGUGCCGGAGAGGCGCCCCCCCCCGCUAACGAGCCUCUGAGCUCCACGCCCUCUCGGCUCCCUUCGGCCCCGGACGUGGGGGUCUUCGAAGAGGAGGGGUCGGAGGACGAGGAGCUGGACCUCCUGCACAGCUACAUAUAUGAUGCCAAGGAGGAGGGGGAGGAUGGGGAGGAUGUGACUCGGAGCAAGGCGACGCUGGAGGACUCCCUGGCCCUGUCCCCUCCCUCCCCCUUCAGAGACUCACUGUGUUCAGGGGAGUCGGCCGGCGACUCCCCCAUCCACGGCACAGGCUACGCCUCCAACAUCUUCCAAGACUUUGCACACAGCUCCUCAACACUGUGAGAGCAGAGCGGGCAAACGCGUAGACACGCAUAUAGAGUUACUCAACACUUCUGACAUUUAUUUUGCGUCCUCUCAUUCGAUCGCUUGGAUUUAUUACUGCUUUUAUCAGCAAGGAGUCCGUCUGCGAAAGGGCGUAAAACUGGAAACGGUGCCAAAAAUAGUCCGAUGCCAAACGCAGGCGAUUUAAGCAAAAGCUGCAGCUUGUGAUUAAGGGCCUGUGGCCUUUCGUUGCGCUUCGCUCGUCUUCGCUACACGUGUGCAGGUCUGUUCAAGCGUGCAGCAGCUGCAGCAGCGUCACGAACGCUUUUAACCUUUCUUUUUCAUGAAUUCAUUGAACUUAUGUGUCCAAUAAGGCGGUUUUACAUAUUAAAUGACAGGACAACAACUACUGAAGUCAAUACGGGUUUAAAGAUUGUGGAUGAUGGCGAUGUUUUUUCUUGGGUGCACACUCGAACAUAGCCCUGAACAUGUUUUAUGAGAAUGGGACGUGGUCAAAGAACAACUUUCACUUUCCAUGUCUUGGUAUCGCUCAUGUUUUCUGAGUUUGCUGUGCCAUUGUGAAAUGAAAAAAAAACACAGUACUUGUACAAGUUCUCAAAGUUUGUAAUACUGUUAAGCCAUCUCUUGUUUUUUCACACAGGUGGUAUGUUUGUAAUACUGAUAAAUGUUUCUAUAUUUUGAAUAUGUAAAAAACUACAAAAAAAAGUUUAUACAUUUUGAAACUGUCCUCGGACACUUGUUAAGGAGCAUUGUGUUUGGUUUUUUGGUAACUUUUAAGCUAACUUGAGUCAAAUGUAUCCUCUUGAGAAUAUUCCGUUUUAAAGGUAACCAAUGAUUAGUUGCUUCUUGUAAUGAGAGUAUACAUGUUUCAACUUUGCAUUGUAAACCUAAGUAGUUUACUUGAGGUUAAGUUAUUUAGUUCUUUAUCUGUAAGAAUGCAAAUUAUUUCAGAGUAAAAUACUAUACAGUACAUAGUGCAAUUGUAUUGUAUUUCCAAAUGUUUCUAGUCUCCUAUAGUGUAAGUUGUUAGCUGAUUUUAAUCAUUGUAAAAUUAAAUGAGGGUGCCACCUGUUGAUCAUUGUCAAAUCUAGGAUGAACUAGGCCUUUAUGUUUUGAACAAGCUGAACCAUGCUGUAAAAUAAAAACGAUUUAUAUGA